UAAAACAUAUCAAAAAGGAAUUUCAAAGUGAACUAUCCCUUUAAAGAUACAAGGUAGUUCUCAUUAAGAGAAGAUACCUUGCUCAUGAGGACACCAAAAAGUUAUGAAAAAUGCACACCCAAAAAGAGGAGAUGAAAUGAAAAAUGAAAGGAGUGGAGCAUUGACACAAUUAUCAAGAAAAGUUUGACAAUUAUGCUGCCUGGCUUUGAGUUAACAAAUGACAUGGCAGCAGAUGGUUGUGUAUUUUUCACAGAAAUGGAAAAAUCUUGGUGUUCAGCAGCAGGUUGAUGCAGAAUAAUUCUAAAAAGCCUUAGGCCAGAAAAAAAAAAAUAUAUAUUCAUCACGAAUGUUCUAAUAUGAAAAGCAACAGAAAGAAAAAAACAAAAUAGCCAAAUUAGUGGAUGACUGGAUAAAAAUGACAUUACACACCAUUUUUUACAGUAUGGAACCUAAAAUCAAUUUCCAAAAAUUAUAAAAUACAAUUUCCAAACAAUCAGACAAAUGAGAGGGGUAAGUGUGAGGAAAAUGUUUGUUUCAAUGAAGUAAAGAAAUAGAGUGAGAUAUUUAGAAAGAUAAAGAUUUAGAGAGAGAGGCUAAUCAUAAAAUGGGAAUGCAGAAGAGGGUCAAAAACCUUUUGUGUGAGAAGGGGGAGGGGAAAGAGCAAAAACAAAAGGGCCGGUAUAGCAGAGAGUGUGCUUUCUAAGUGACAUCAGACCUCAGUACUGUGUCUUGCUCACUGUCAAAGCACACUGACUGCCAUUCGCCUGCUGAUCCUCCAGCGCAGAGCACCAGACCUCAAGCUCUCCGAAUUUGGGGACGCACAUCUUUUAUGUCUUCCAUAUCUCUCAGUAAUGAACUGUCCAUCAUUCUAUUUGUGAGUUUUGCUAUAGUUUGGAUUCUACCUGGACUCCAUGUGGGUAUUCAAGCACAAACUCGCUCAUGAAAGAUGGGUAAUGUGUCAGAAACAGCCCUGUUCGUAUCCACAAUCUCCAGACAGCACGACAUCCUCAUGGGAUCACUUUAUUCAGUGUUCUGUGUAUUGUCGCUUCUGGGAAAUGGCAUGCUGUUGUUUGUAGCCUACCGUAAGAGGUCAUCUCUGAAGCCAGCAGAGUUUUUUGUCAUAAACUUGUCUGUGAGCGAUCUAGGGAUGACCUUGUCUCUGUUUCCUCUGGCCAUUCCAUCUGCUCUAGCACACAGAUGGUUGUUUGGGGAGGUGGUAUGUCUGUGCUAUGCUGUGUGCGGGGUUUUAUUUGGCUUGUGCAGCCUAACAAACCUGACUGCUUUGUCAUCAGUAUGCUGCCUCAAAGUCUGCUGCCCAAAUUACGGUAACAAGUUCUCAUCCAAUCAUGCUUGUGUGAUGGUUAUUGGGGUUUGGUGCUAUGCGUCUGUGUUUGCUGUGGGACCUUUGAUCCGCUGGGGAAGUUUUGCACCAGAACCAUACGGAACCGCCUGCUGCAUAAACUGGUACAUUCCAUCCCAUGAUGCCCUUGCUAUGUCUUACAUCAUCAGUCUUUUUAUAUUUUGUUACGUUGUCCCCUGUACCAUCAUCAUCCUAUCUUACACCUUCAUCCUGCUCAGAGUGAGGGGGUCUCGCCAAGCCGUUCAAAAGCAUGUAUCGCCAAAAACCAAAGAAACCAACGCACACACUCUUAUUGUCAAGCUCUCAGUGGCUGUGUGUAUUGGCUUCGUUACGGCUUGGAGCCCAUAUGCGGUUGUUGCCAUGUGGGCUGCGUUCAGUGCCAAUGAGCCAGUCCCACCCACCGCCUUUGCGCUGGCAGCUAUCCUGGCCAAAUCCUCCACCAUUUACAACCCUAUGGUUUAUCUUCUCUUCAAACCCAAUUUUCGCAAAAUCCUGAGUCAGGAUACCCAAAACAUUCGCCACAGGAUGUGUGUGAGCCAUAGUAAGGCCAGCCCUACACCAGAAAUAAAGGCCCAGAGCUCUCAACAAUGCAAGGAUGCCACCAUCUCCACACCCUUUUCCAGCGGCCAGGCAGAGAGUUAUGGGACAUGUCAUAUCUAUGCAGAAGCAGAGCCACAUUUUCAGCAAAUAAGCCCGCAAAGAACUGUACGGAUUCUGGAGGGAAUCAUCCAGAGUGAAAUAUCAGUGAGACAUAUGACUGACAGAAUGCAAAAUGACCUCCUGUGAGAAAAACUCAAGAAAGAAAGAAAAUGCAUGAAAUACAAGGAAGGAGAAGAUGAUGUGUAAAAAUUGUAGAUGUCCUAAGAUGCCCAAACAUGCCCAAAAACAAGUUGUAGCAAGUGUAGAAAGCAUAUUUCACCAAUGCCAUGGCAGUCAACAUUCAGUUUUUAAAUGUAAAACGUGUUCUGUGAGACCAGCUUUCAUUACUUGAACGAGCCAAAAAAAAAAAAAAAUAUAUCAUUGUGUGAGUAAAGUUAAAUAAAUGAUGUGGAGUAGGUUCAGUGUGUUAUCGAUUUAAAAAACAAUUCAAGUUGAACUCACCAAGUCUGACUCUAUGGGUUUCAGUUUCAUCCAGGGUUUACGGUAAGAAAGCAAGGUCAGUUCAUUGAAUGAACAAAGACUGUCAUCUGCUGGCUGAACAGGGCUAUUACAACUGAAAAUCUUCUGGAAAAACUGGUUGGUUUACAUUGCUAAGCAUUGAUAAAAUUACACACGUUACACAUAUGCGUUACACACAGUAUUAGGCUAUCUCUCUUAGUUUAAUCACAAACGAGCAAAAUUUUGUAGGCUAGUUUGUUUGCUUCCAGCUGAAUGGCACACACGAUUUCAUUACAAAAGUCUUUAGUCUGUAUGGAAAUUGAACUAAAAUGCCAGUGGUUGGUGAGGUUGAGGGGAUGAUCGUGCUCCCAAACCAAUGUAGGCUACCUUUUUAAUUUAGUUAUCUGCUUUGUAGCUUGAGAGUAUGGUGUAAUGAGCAUGAUAUACCUAUAGGGGUCACUACACCCCACCAAAAACAGAAGGAAUCAGUUAACAGCUCAGUGAAAUAGCUUUGAGGCACCCCUUAUUCAAAGAAAGCACACAAAAAGAGUCAGACUUUACUUAGAUUUACGUCAAACCUCUAACAGAUCUGUAUGUGGGAACUGCCAGUUAUAUGCAAAGUCAAGAAAAUCACUCCAAAUUCUGACUAGUCCACCUAAACAACCAGUAAAUGCUUAGAAUUGUCAUGAAAAAAUCCAGGCUAAACUGCCAGGUUCCAGGUACACUGGAUUUUUUUUCAAUUAGCUCUGUCCUCGGGCCUUGACUGAGAGAGAUACAAUGCAAUAG